AUGUGUUAUCCCAUUGCGAAUAUAUUUAGAGGACACAACAUAGACAUAGUGUUCAAGGCCAAGAACUGCCUUUACAACUAUUUACUAAAUUGUAAGGAUAUGACCCCAAUAUUAGAAAAGAACGGUGUGUACAAACUAAACUGUAAGACAUGUGAUAGGUUUUACAUAGGAAAAACUUUUAGAGCCCUAGGCACAAGGGUAUCUGAACACAUAAGGAACUACAACGGCAAAAGUUCCUUUGGAAAACAUCUCAAAGUUAACAACCAUGAAUUUGAUAAGGAUGAAAAUGUGGAACUUCUACACAACUUGGAUAGAGAUAAGGAUUAUGUUCCUGAGAAGAAAGCCCUCAGAAGCCGACUUUCAUCAUCUAGCUCAGAAGAAAACAGUCAAGAAGAUUUCUGUUUACCAGCAGAAAAAGAGGUGGAGAUGCCGACUAUAUUAUCUGAACGAUUUCGAAUAGGAAAUGCAUCUGAAUCUGAUGAAGAUGAUAUUCCAUCUGAAUCUAUUGAUAUCGUUAGGAAAUGGACAAAGUAUCCAAGACUGCAGGAAAAUUUGAAUAAUUUCAAUUUCUCACAAAAUUUUGGAUCAAAACUGCCUAAUAUUGCGGAUAUGACAUUCCUGCAAAUUUGGAAAAGAAUGUUUUCGGAUGAUAUACUGGACAGAAUUGUUGAAGAAACAAAUCGCUACGCAAGCCAAAAUGGGCGUAGUUUUUGCAUUUAUGAAGACGAACUCCAAGCUUUUUUUGGAACCCUUAUUAUCAUGGGAUUGCAUAAACUUCCUGGAAUGAGGAUGUAUUGGUCAUAUGACCAAAAUUAUCGAGUAGAAAGGGUAGCAAACAUUAUGAGCUUGAAACGUUUUCUAGCAAUUUUACGUCACAUUCACUUGAAUGAUAACGAAAAGUGUCCAAAAAAAGGUACUUCCAACUUUGAUAAACUCUACAAAUUACGGCCCCUUAUCGAACAUCUGAAUGAGAAAUUUAGGGAUUUGUUCUCACCAUCUAGAGAACUUUCAAUAGACGAGAGUAUGGUAGGCUUCAAGGGGCGUUCAGGUUUGAAACAAUAUAUGCCCAUGAAGCCAGUAAAACGGGGAUUCAAAAUUUGGGUAAUGACAUGUGCACGCACUGGAUAUAUGCUCUCAUUCAAAGUUUAUGAAGGAAAGGAUUCCAGUAAUAUUGAGGGUACACUAGGUGAAAGAACCGUCCUACAUCUGAGCGAGCCGUACCAUCACAAAGGAUAUAUUUUAUACUGUGAUAACUACUUUUCAACAAUUGAAUUGCUGUCCAAAUUGUUAGAGAAAAAAACUUUCGCUUGCGGUACCUUUCGAACAAAUAGGAAAUUUUAUCCUAAGGACAAUUUACUACAUGAUAAGCAAUUGAAAUUGGGCGAAUCCGACUUUGUAGUAGAUGAAAAUACCGGAAUUUCAGUUUGCAAAUGGCAUGAUAGAGGGAAGAAAUGUGUGGUUGUUAUAAGUUCCCUUCACGAUCCUUCAAUAAAAGUUGAUGUUGAUCGCACUAACAAAGAAGGAAAAAAGAAAAAGUUUCCUGUCCACAAUCAGUGGCAGAAUAUAAUAAAUAUAUGGGUGGGGUUGAUCUUUUUGAUCAAUACCUUUCUUCCUAUUCUAUCUCAUGGAAAAGUCGUAGGUGGUGGUUGA